AUGAAAAUUCGCUAUUGUUACACUGAUGCUCCUCCUGGCCAAUCAGGGAGCGGGUCCUCCUGCUUCCUGAUUGGCCGAAAGGCAAACCUCACGGCAUUGGCCGAGGAGGAGGUGCCACGGGAGGACUGAGGAUUCGAGGUCGGAGACGCGGGGACUGAAGAGAAGCUGCCGUGAGGUAAGUGCACGGAGGGGGGGACUCAGCACUAUCAAACGGAAAGAGGAGCAGCAAUGGUUUUAUUAGAAUGCCCUCUCAUUCACCCAGGCCUAUUGCACUUAUUUAGGUCAACAACUCCUGGGUCGAAUGUGUUUGUGCAGGUUCAGGCAUAAGUGCACGGAGGGGGGGUAGGGGUUCUCUGCUAUUGAGGAGACUCAGCACUAUGGCGCGAUGAUCUCUGUAUUGAAAGGGGGAAUGCUGGGGCAUCUCUGUAUUGAAAGGGGCACGCUGGCAUCUCUGUGUUGAAAGGGGCACGCUGGCAUCUCUGUAUUGAAAGGGGAACGCUGGCAUCUCUGUAUUGAAAGGGGGCACAGUCAUCUUUUGUGAUUUAUAUAUAUAUUUCACAGUUAUUUUGAUACACUGGUCAUAUAUUUAAAACACUGAUCACAUUUUUGCGUUGAUAGUUUUUUUGAUUUACAUUCGGAUUUAGGUGACAUCUGGAGCUGAGCGGUUGCUAGCAGCAGUGGAGUGAAGAGAAAGAGAAGGUAUCACUCUUCUAGCUCUUCUAUCUGUUCACCGGUACUUGUGUGUACUGACAGGUUAUUGUGUCUGCUUUAACCCACAAAUUAGCAAAAAUGAGUAUGAAACAGACAUCGUUAGAAAGUUUCCUUGGGAAGAAAAAAAGACCCAGUGAACAGACAGAAGAAGAGCCUUCAACAUCAAAGAAACAUGCAACUUUUAACAGACAAUACCAUGAGUCCUAUUUGAAAUAUGGAUUUAUCGGGACAGGUGAUUUCCACGCAUCAAAACCGCUCUGCAUAGUUUGCGGUGAGAAUCUCUCUAAUGAGGCAAUGAAACCUUCAAAACUGCUUCACCACCUGACCGCCAAGCACCCUGGCAUAAAAGACAAGCCCCUGGAGUAUUUUGAAAGAAAAAAACGGGAGCAUGAAGCACAGAAGAUAUUUAUGAGGGCCACCACAUCAAUAAAGGAGAAUGCACUGAGAGCAUCAUAUUUGGUGGCUAACCGCAUUGCUAAGCCUAAAAAGCCAUUUACUAUUGGUGAAGAAUUGAUCUUGCCCUCCACUAAAGACAUUUGCCGUGAACUUCUAGGAGAGGCUGCUGUGGAAAAGAUAGCACAUGUGCCUUUGUCAGCUAGCACUGUGACUAGGCGCAUUGAGCAAAUAGCCGAAGACAUUGAGGCACAAUUGUUGGAGAGGAUUAAUACAUCACCGUGGUAUGCACUCCAGGUUGACGAAUCUACAGAGAUCGACAACAAGGCACUACUACUUGUUUAUGUGCGAUAUCUAUAUCAGGAGGAUGUGCAUGAGGAUUUGUUAUGUGCACUAUCUUUGCCAAACAACACCACAGGAGCAGAACUGUUCAAGUCACUGGAUGGUUAUAUAUCAGAAAAACUGAAAUGGUCCUUUUGUGUCAGCAUAUGCACAGACGGAGCUGCUGCCAUGACCGGACGACUGUCUGGUUUAACUGCUCGGAUUAAGGAGGUUGCACCUGAGAGUGAAUCUACGCAUUGUCUCAUUCACAGGGAAAUGCUGGCAAGCCAAAAAAUGUCACCGGAAUUUAACAGGGUAUUGAUGGAUGUCGUUGAAGUUAUUAACCACAUCAAAGCACACGCACUUAACUCGCGCCUGUUUGAGCAGCUUUGUGAGGAGAUGGAUGCAGAGUACAGAUGCCUUCUCUUAUACACAGAAAUCAGAUGGUUAUCCAGAGGAAAAUCGCUAACCAGAGUAUUUGAAUUACGAGAGCCAUUGCAAAGAUUUCUCUCAGAAAAGAAGUCACCGCUGGCAGCACAUUUCAGUGACAAGGUAUGGGUCACAAAACAGGCUUACCUGUGUGACAUAUUCAGCCUGCUCAAUGAACUCAAUCUGGGCCUUCAGGGGAAAAUGGCAACUGUUUUCAAGUUGUCAGACAAAGUAGCUGCAUUUAAAGCCAAACUGGAGUUGUGGGGACGGCGCGUGAAGAGAGGCAUUUUGGACAUGUUUCAGACAUUAGCAGGGAUUGUAGGCGAGACUGAGCUUGAACAUUCAUUCUGCCAGUUGGUGCACGAUCACCUGUCUUUGCUUUAA